AAGAAAUCGCCGUCUCAGCCAGAAGGUUCUAGUGGAAGGUCUCAGAAGGCCGACAAGAAAAGAAAAAAAAGGUCUGAGAAGUCUACAAAGGUACCGUUAACAGUUAGCACAUACGAGAAAGUUCAAGCAAACACACACAAGAAUCCCUUGGAGCCUGUAAGCAGAGUGGUGAUGGGAGACGAGGAUUGGAGAAAGAUUAGACUUUUAUGUCCCUCUGUAUCGAAAGUUAUCGACUGGGUUGCUUGGAACGAUCAGAAACUGGACUUCAAGUCUAUAGCCGCAGCGUUUGGGCUCGAGCCGUCGACGGUGAAGCUCAAUGGUCACUUCAUAAGCAGAGAUAAUGAUUUAGUCGCUUCUUGUGUGACGUGGAAGUCUUUGCUCGCUUUCUUCUCAGCUAAAGGCUUGUCUACUGGUAAAGACGGAGCUGGUGCUCUCCUCGUCGACGGCAAGCUCUCUAAAGUCGGUACCAAAAGAGCAUACUCUGAUCCUCAAACCAUCAACGAUCUUGGUCUAAACAGAAACAAGAAGUUGAAGGAUAAGUGUUCAAUUGAGGAACCUCUGCUCUCUGGAUGCAACAAGAGAAAGUUAUUGUCUGAAGAUAUGCACUCAUUCAAGAAACUAAAACUCUACAUGGGUGAUAGCUCGGGAAUACAAAGCGGAGUAAAAUGCAGUUUCACUAGUGAUGGUCUCAAGAGGACAAGAGAAGAUGAUAUGAUGAUUGCUUCCACAUCUCGUAAGAAGAUAAGAUAGAUAUCUACUUUGUAAAAACAGAGCAUGAUGUAAAAGUUUUUUUCUCAUGUAUUCUAUUGACUAAAAGAGAUGCAAAAUUCCAAAUCUUAAAAAGGCAAAUCUCACUGGUCCAAGUAUACAUA